GUCUGGGUCUGGUAAAGACAGGGUUCCUGCCCCCUCCCCCAGGUCUAGGUCCAAGAUUUCUUGGAUCUGCCAGUGACUGACUGGGAGACUGGACAGGAAGGAGCUAAGGAGGACAAGGUGAAUUCCCCACCCCCUGCCCCAGCAGCCUUCCAGCCCGGCCCGGCCCCCCAUUCCUCGGCCCCCAAUCCCGGGUCCGGUCCAGCCCCCUCUCCUUGGGCUUGACCGGCCCGGGCGCCGCGAUGACUGUCACGUACACAGCUUGCGUGGCGAACGCGCGCUUCGGCGGCUUCUCGAAGCUGCUGCUGCUGUGGCGCGGGAGCAUCUACAAACUUCUGUGGCGCGAGCUGCUGUGUUUCCUUGGGCUCUACAUGGCGCUGAGUGCCGCCUAUCGCUUCGUGCUGACCGAAGAGCAGAAGCGCUACUUUGAGAAGCUCGUUCUUUACUGCGACCAGUACGCCAGUCUCAUCCCGGUCUCUUUUGUGCUCGGCUUCUACGUAACGCUGGUGGUGCACCGCUGGUGGAACCAGUACCUAUGCAUGCCCCUGCCCGACGCGCUCAUGUGCGUGGUGGUCGGCACAGUGCACGGGCGCGACGAGCGCGGCCGCCUCUACCGACGCACGCUCAUGCGCUAUGCAGGACUCUCUGCUGUGCUUAUCCUGCGCUCUGUCAGCACCGCUGUCUUCAAGCGCUUCCCCACCAUAGACCAUGUGGUGGAAGCAGGGUUUAUGACCCGCGAGGAGCGCAAGAAGUUCGAGAACCUGAACUCAUCCUACAACAAGUACUGGGUGCCUUGCGUCUGGUUCUCCAACCUGGCGGCGCAGGCUCAGCGCGAGGGCCGCAUCCGCAACAACGGCGCCCUUAAGCUGCUGCUGGAGGAGCUGACUGUGUUUCGGGCCAAGUGUGGGAUGCUCUUUCACUACGACUGGAUUAGCGUACCCCUUGUCUACACCCAGGUGGUGACCAUCGCUGUGUACAGCUACUUCCUGGCCUGCCUCAUCGGUCGCCAGUUCCUGGACCCGGCGCAGGGCUACAAAGAUCACGACCUGGACCUGUGCGUACCCAUCUUCACCCUGCUGCAGUUCUUCUUCUACGCGGGCUGGCUCAAGGUAGCUGAGCAGCUCAUCAACCCCUUCGGAGAGGACGACGAUGACUUUGAGACCAACUUUCUGAUCGACCGCAACUUCCAAGUGAGACUCUCUCGGUUAAGACCAUCUCUGGGCUCCCAAAGCGGCCCUGGCCCCACCCCUGCUAAGACUCGCUCAGACAUCGCCCCUGAUCCAUCCUUCUCUUUGGUCACCACACUCCUACCCGUCCAGAGGGGUCCACCCUUCGGUGCCGGCGCUGUUCCAUGCCCACUCUUCCCCGCGUAUCCUCGCCCGCAGGUGUCAAUGCUGGCCGUGGACGAGAUGUACGACGACCUGGCCAUGCUGGAGAAGGACCUAUACUGGGACGCAGCUGAGGCUCGCGCUCCCUACACCGCUGCCACCGCCUUCCUGUUGCAGCAGCCCUCCUUCCAGGGCUCCACCUUCGACAUCACGCUGGCCAAGGAGGACAUGCAGUUCCAGCGGCAGGACGGCGUGGAUGCGCCGCUGAGCGAUGCACACGGCGACUUCCUGCAGCGCCUCCUGCCGGUGGGCGCGGGCAUGGCCGCUGGAGGCCUGCUGGGCCGGCGCCUGUCUUUACUGCGCCGCAAGAACAGCUGCGUGUCGGAGGAAUCCACAGCCGCCAGCUGCGCAUGCGCGGGCGCCCCUGAUGGCGCGGCCCCAGAGUGCAGUGGCAGUGACGCGCUGCUACCCUUAGGCCUGCUGGAGCCGGAGUCUGAGCCCCACGCCGGCCGCGAGCCGCCAGCCCCCGGGCCACCCGCCGAGCCCUUCACCGUUGUGCCAAUGCCCGGGCCCCGGGGGCCGGCUCCACCCUGGCUGCCCAGCCCCAUUGGCGAGGAGGAGGAGAGUCUAACCUGAGACCCUUGGACCCUGGAUCCCCAAGGAUAGAGAAAAUGCCCCAACACCGCCCGCAAGCAGUGGUUUGGGCUUUAUAAGCUGCCUGUGGACUCCGCCUGCCCGCUUACCUGCCUGCGUCCCGCCUUUACGUUUGGCACAGAGGCUUGGAGCGCCUCCUGUGGGCCAGGCACUGCACUGAGGGCAGGGUAUUCUUCCAGCAUCUUUGAACUGUCGGUCCUUACCACCAGCUCUACUUCCUACCCGCCACUGCGUGAGAGUUUUUAUCAGUGUGCCUUGCCUUUCUUCUUUCCUCAAAUUGGACAUAUGAGUGCCCACCUCAGUGCGCUGUGAGGAUGAAAUGAAAUGUGGCUUUAAAGUGUUUGGUACAUAA